AUGGUUCAACAACAAUCCAAUUCUCAUGAAGGAGGCUCCCUAACAGACAUGGCACCAAAUGGUACAUCCAUUCCCAAUACCGCCGGAAAACAAAAUAUUAUUGCCUCCAUCCCUCGUCCGGAUCAACGUAUCCAAUCUUAUGUCUGCUAUGGCGGUCUACCGCAACCUACGUCAGCCAUGGCUGCGGACAAUACAACGGAAAUGCCACGCUCCAUCUCCGACCGUGGAGAGACUGGUGAAGUGAUGACUGGGACUGGAAAUUCCAUGCCUGCUGGUGUGGAGUCGAAGCGCUCGUAUAUCGGAAAAGAUAUACCUCGACGGUCAGGGGAAUCGAAAGGGAGCGAAUCUGAGAAUGGGGAAGGUGCUGAUCAUAAGGUUGGGAUUCAUCAGUUCUUUGGCCUUGAGUCCUCUUAUUAA